AUCUAUAAUUAUCCACUUCAAAUCUUGACAAUCCAAACUGUCUACUCGUAAUGAUCGGAGACAAUGAGAAGUACUUAAUGUUGUUUUUGGAAUGUCUGACUUGAUCGCGUCCGAUACCAGACAUCGAACGCUCCCUCAUAUUUACUGGAUACCUUACUGGAUACCUUACUGGAUAUCUUGCAUGCACACCCCCCUUAUCACCCAACCUUUUCCAAUCUCCCCAGGAUCCCUAAGGGUUCAUUCAAGUUGGAAUUUAAAACACUCGCAGCACUGUUGGCUUCCCUUGACGCAAUAACCCAAGUGCCGAUACCUACCUAGUACCUCACUAGCCAGGUGUCAGUCUACCCGUCCGUCCACUUACCACCCACCUAUCAUUUUCUUUUCUUUUUGUUUACUUUCAAACUUACCUUACCUCACAACCACCCACUCCUCUCUUACCAACUACUACAUACAACUCCUUGUUCACAAGCCUCGGCUGUGUCCUAUCCCCCUGUUAAUUAGAAUUGAUACAUCCUCAUCUAUCCCACCAUCCCACCCCAUCUAUCUUAUUGGACACCUAGAGCCAUAUUAGGGUUUCCUAGUCCUAGCUGAUGUUCUGAAUACUUGUUUCUUCGGCGUGGACAUCGUAGGACAUUAUCAGGUAUGGCUGACUAUCGGGCCUCAAAGCCUCGGCCUCCUCGCGCUCCUCUCGGAGAUGCAACAUCUCGAGUCAACAGCAACAAUGGGCCCCCAGCGAAGGCUCUCAAGCCUGUUCAAGUUAAUAUCCCUCCUCCUAAUCCGCUCCGAGCGCAUCCUCCCGACAAUCAACGCCCCCAAAAGCGCACUAGUUCAACCAAAAGUGCUCCCACAAGACCUAUGAAUGCUCCUGUUCAUAUGAACUCGAAUGUUCGUACGAACACUAACACUAACACUAAUUCGCACACAUCGGCAGUCCCUAAAGCCGUGCAACGAGUUGUUAAAGAAGAUACCAGGAGAGCCUCGCAGAUAUCAACUGUAUCUACCUUCUCCAAUGGUAGGCGCCGUAAAACCCAAGUUGGACCAUGGGAGCUUGGUAAGACUCUGGGCAACGGCUCAGCUGCUCACGUACGACUAGUGAGACACAAUGUCACUGGUGAACUAGCUGCUGUCAAAAUCCUCGCCAGGGACGGCAACACGCACACUCAACCUGGCAGCAUCGCGGCACUGGAUAAGUGGGACCGUAGUCGCGAAGAGUACAAAGCUGAGAACCGUAUUCCUCUCGCCAUUGAGAGAGAGGUUGCCAUUAUGAAGCUAAUUGACCAUCCCAAUAUCGUCAAGUUGUACGACAUCUGGGAGAAUCGCGCAGAAAUCUAUCUCGUCCUUGAGUAUGUACCUCGCGGUGAUCUAUACAGCUAUCUUGGUCAAGCGGGCCGUCUAUCAGAAAUGGAGACAAUGUUCUACUUUCGACAGAUCCUAAGCGCUGUUCAAUUCAUCCAUUCUCUGGACAUUUGCCAUCGUGAUCUGAAACCAGAGAAUAUUCUCAUCGCCGAAGAUGGCCAACUAAAGAUCACUGACUUUGGCAUGUCGGCCCUGCAUCAGAGCCGGAACCACAUGUUGAAGACAUCUUGCGGAAGUCCACAUUACGCAGCCCCUGAACUCAUCGGUGAUGGAGCCUACCGUGGCGAAACCAUAGACCUCUGGAGUCUGGGCGUAAUUCUGUACGCCUGCUUGGUCAAUGUCCUACCCUUCAAUGACGAUAGCGUCACUCGGCUUCUUAACAAGAUUCAGAAGGGGAUAUACCAUGUUCCAGCUUUCCUGACCCCUGAAUCCCGAGAUUUGGUCACUCGUAUACUGGAGGUGAAUCCAGAGAAACGUAUAACCCCUCCAGAGAUCUGGGAACACCCGUUGGUCCGCAGAUUCGAUCAUUUGGAUAACCUCAACAAUCCGGACAAUGCCCGCGACUAUCGGCUUAACGCUCGGAACGACCCGGUUCCCCCUGAAGAGGUCGAUACGCAGACACUGCGGCAGUUGAAAGCUGUAUGGCACACCUACAGCGAGGCGCAAUUAGCAGCGAAGUUGAUAAGUCCUGAGAAAAACAAUUUCAAGGUUUUCUACUGGCUUCUCCAUACCUACCGAGAGAAGCAGAUGGAAAAUUAUAAUACAGACCUGACCUAUUCUGCUAGUGAUUACCACCACCUUAAACCACAAAAUUGGAAGCAGACAUGCUUGACUCGCGAAUUCACUUCCAAAGAUGGGCGGUCUGCCUCACGAUUCACAGUCAUCUCAACUAUCGCCACUGAUAAGAACGGUGACGAUCUUGAGAGCACAGAUGGUGCUGCAACGGUCAUGAGCUACGAUCCAUACAAAGCUUCUCGGGUUAUAGAAGAUGUAGUAGCUAGCCAAGCGAGGAUUGUCGUCCACCGUAAUGGCACUACGUCCACGCGAGCCUCCAGGGCCGCAAGCGGACGCAGCGGGUCGGUACGGACCAAUUCUACAUACUCACGACAUGGAAGAGGUGGACGAUACUUGAGACCGCCGCCGACAUCACUUCGUAACUCGCGACAUUCCCUAAACUCGAUUAGGAGUGGAGAGGAGAUAUCAUGCAAACGGCCGGUAAUACGCCGUAAGCGAGGAGUCAACUUUUCUCACAUUCGCAAACAGUCGACAGAUCAGAAUGAUAUGAUGGAACAUAAACCCGCUAGCAUCGCGGGAGAUGACACCACAAUCAAUCGGGAUCACACGACACCUGCCAGCCCUGCUCAGAAGAGAAAGCUUUCCAGGAACUCGGGACGACGCCGGUCCGGGACGCGAUCUUUGACGAAUGUAUCCCAAGCUGAAGGAGAUGGGCUUCACUGGAACGAUGAGCUACGCCAGUUUAGUUACAGCAUCGCGAAGGACUGCGACGAUGCGUUUAACAGCACCCUACUAAGUCAAGGAUCGUACAUCAGCGAUUCGGCGUUUGAAUCACCAACUUCGGAGAGUGGGAUGUCGUCGUCUUUUAUAAACACGGCCCCAAUUGCUCAAGGAACCAUCAACGCGAGAGCACGCGACAGCCGAGAGCACCGACCGGUUCCGCCACCGAAAGAUGUGGACACCACGCCAACGACCAAGAGAGUCGAUAAGGCAACUCUACAGCUUCACCGACGCACGCAUAUUAUCGGAGCUCCGGAUCGGGCAGACGCAGACCGCAGAGUUGUCUCGGCGCCCAUCUACUCGCAAUACAGCACGCAAUGGGGCAAAGACAAGAUCCCCCUACCAUCGAUCAACGAAGCAAUUAAAGAAGAUGAAUAUUACGGAGACGGCGAUAAACCUCGCGUUGUUUCUGCGCCCGCCGAGUCCUCGAUGCUGGCGAAUGAAGGCGAAGAACUGGAGUUCUUAGCUCAAAAGAGGAACACGAUUCGCAUGGUCGAUGCUUCAUUGAGCCGAGCACCAGCUUCAGCUUCAGCAACUCCUAGUGCACGAAGCAAACCGCAGCAAAAUCUCAGUCUCUACCCCCAGAUCCGUCAAGAUCAGAGUAUUAACAAGCAGUACGCUAAUAAGAUGAGAGACCCUGUUUCAGGGGAAACUACCAUGGUGUCCGAGAAAGAGUCGGCCCAUACUAUCAAGAAGAAGGCGUCAUGGUUUAAACGGGGCUCCAAAGAUAAAUCUAGUUUUGACGGUCCUAUGCCCGGUGAUGCAGUCGAGACUAAUCGCAAAGAGUCCAAGUCAUCUGCUGGUCCGGCAACUAUCCCACUAGUCAAGAAGAAGAGUUUCGGUCUUGCAUUCUGGCGCAAAGAGCAACCUAAGAAGAGGCUCUCCGUUGCAGACGCAGAUUCCGACUGGGACGACGCAUCCAGCGCCGAUCAAUCCCGUAUCUUCAGCAACCCAUUCCGCCCUGCAUCGACCAAGGGGGCAGAUGAAUCUACAAAGCGCAAGAUCGAUCCACAGCUGGGAUGGUUCGCGCGCAUCUUUGGAGUCAAGCCAGCGACUCGCUACAUUUGCUUCGCGAUCCCCCGUAACCGUGUCCGUCACGAGCUGGUUAUUCUCCUCCGGGACUGGCGCCGUCACGGCAUGAGAGACCUUGAGGUCGACAGGGACCGCAAUCUUGUGUUUGCGCGGGUUGCGAAGAAGAACCAUCUCAACUUGAAAGAAGCCUCCUUCGCAGCGGAGAUCAUGACGGUUAUCGAGCAUGGAUCGCGCAACGAGCUAUGCAUUGUGCGAUUUACGCAAGAGCGUGGAGCGGCCACUACUUUCCACAAGGUCGUCGAUGCGCUGAACGAUGUGUUCAAAUGGCGUGGGCUGCUUGUCGUUGACAAGAACAAGACCAAGAAGAUGGUCCAGACACUCGACGGCGGUAUCCGGAUCUUCUAAGACGAAGACGAGUAGAUCCAAAGCCGGUCGAGCUAAAAAGAAAAUGCGUUGAUAUCCAAGACUCAUUUCUGAGAUUGUACCAGAACGAGAGGGAAGAAAGUUUUUCAGUUGAAGUUUCGCCUUUACCUUUAAUUACCCAACUUCGCAAUCUUGGAAGGCAAAAGAGGUUACAAGUUUAGGGGAGUAGGAGAGAAACUGGAUAUGGAAAUUCUGGUGUUACAUCAAAAGCCCAAGAGACUGACUACAGAGGACGAUAAUAGUCAUUAUCUCGUGUACCCUUUCUGUAUUUACUUACUUCUUUGUACAAACCGGGGAGAUUGUUUGGGGUUACCUACUUGGCUAAUGGAUGUAAUGCGGCUGGUAGCGUUAGCCUAGGCAGAUGCAAUGAGGGUUCCAGGUUGCAUUGUAAGUCUUGUGAAAACAGAAGAUUGUAAAUAGAUAAUGGGGUAAUGUUUUCUACGUAUUGUGUAUACUGAUUAAUGAAUGUUUGUGGUUUACCCCUAUUCAUGGUCUUUACUUGUACCCCUAUUUAAUCCCCCCUACUACUAGUAGUAUUC